AUGGAACACUUGACACCUUAUGGAGUGUUUAUUGCUAGAGGAAUGCCCAAGGCUGCUGAUGUAAGUUUGAAAUGGUAGAAUAUAGCCUUAUUGUUAGGCUUGAGCUUAAACUUAGGUUUGAACUUACGCUUAAGCUUAGGCUUAGGUUCAGGCUUAGGCUUAGUUUUAGGCUUAGUUUUAGGCCUAGGCUUAAGUUUAAGAUUAGGUUUAGGAUUAGGCUUAGGCUUAGGCUUAGGCUUAGGCUUAGGCUAAGGCUUAGGCUUAGGCUUAGGCUUAGGCUUAGGCUUAAGCUUAAGCUUAGUCACAGCCGUAGCUUUAAACUUAGAAUUUGUUCUAGUACUAGCCUUGGCUCUAGUCCUAGUUUUUGUCCAAGCCUAAGUCCUAUCUUUAGCUUAAGCCCUGGUUUUCGCCUUGUCCAUAGAUGUUGCCCUAGCCUAAGUUCUAAUCUUAAUACAAGCCUUACAACAAUAAGCCCCUGUUUUACUAUAGCUCAUCUUAUCAUACUUACCUACUUAUUUUACAUUACUUUACUGUACUUUAUCAUAAAUUAGCCUACCUUACCCUAACGAUUAAUUAUCUUAUUUCAAACUAGUUUUUUAAAUUACUACCUACAUUUAAAUGUAAAACAAUAUAUAAUUUGACUUCAAGUCACACUUUGCACCUAAAUUACAUACCAAAUUUAAAAAUUUUAAUUCCACCAUACCAACCAUAACAUUUAAACGUUCAUGUAUACCUAUUUUAGUCCCCCUUCCUGGCAGUUAUUUUCCAAAUGUUGUCAUACUCGCUCCUCGAAGUCAACAUACUAAUCACCAUGUGCAAGUUCUUGUUCCGAUACACCGUGGCAACAAACCAGGAAAAGAUGACAAAACUAUUGUCCCACAAGCUAUGCUUUGCACUUUUAUUAUCAGUACUUGUAUUUUGUUUUGGCACAAGUUGGGUUACAAAUAGAAAUAGUACGGAUGAUGCUCAGGAGUACAAAGACUCUUUUCCUAUCUUUGAUACUGCUUUGAGAGAAUAUAUCAACGACAAUAUUAUUGUUUUGACUAAAGUAAGUUUAAAAAAGCAAUACAUUUAAAAAAAACUGUUAAAGCAAUGCUCGAAAUAGCAAAAACGUUCUUUACAAAACAAAAAGUUGCCAAAAGAUGCCAAAAGUUGAGCUUUUUAUACCCAAAGUUGUCAAAAAUGCCAUUUUAUAACAUAGCUAAAUCAAAAAAAUGCAAAAAAUUUGUUUCCAAUGUCUUAAAAACCCCAAAAACUUUGUUUCCACAAAGUGUUCCUUGAACUUUUGAUAAUCAAGCGCACCGUUGCUUAACUUGCCAGGUCGGACAAGACCGCGUUUUCGCACUGUGCAAUGAAGGCAAAUGACGUUGCACGGUGCGGAAAUUAACUUUUUAGCAAUAAAUUUGUUUACAAUGAUGUAAAAUGGCGUUUUAAAAAAUUUUUUUGGUUCGGAAGAAACUUUCUUUACAAAUUUUUAAAAAAUUGGGGGGUUUUAUUUGCUUUUGAGAAAACCGCCGUAACUUUGCUUACAGUGAAUUAAAAAAGUCAAAAAUAAUUUUGAAAAUACAAAAUAACAUGAAUUUUCUUUACAAAGCAAAAAAUGGCAAAAACUUUAGUUCCGAUGCAUAAAAAACCAAAAAAUGUGCUUUUUGUUACCUAGUUUUCAAUUUUCAGUCCAACGCUCUUGACUGGAUAAUCCAACAUAUAGUAUUCCCGCUAGUACUAAUCUUCUCUGCAUACUGUACCUACUCAUGCUACAAAUUUCGCAAUACAAAUACAGCAUUCAGCGAACGUACUCGCCACUUCUUCUACGUACUAACCAAAGGUUUGGUCAUCGAACAGCUCUCCUUAGUGCUAUGGGUACUACUCCCAUUAGUACUAAUUGAAAUUGCUAUACCUUUGAGACAAAAAGUUAUUGCCAGUUAUGUUUUCAUAAGGAUACUGUAUCUUUACCCUGCUUUUGUUAUGGCAUUCACAUUGACGUACUAUAAGCGAUAUCGACGUGCUGUAUUGUACUUAUUUAAUCACAGCAACAAGAAAAAUGUUACUACGUUGUCGUCAGUAGCGUCUAGUAGCUUGGUCGUUAAGAAUCGACCGACUUUUUCCAAAAAUUCAUUGUCUGCCACUUUACCAUCGAGAAAUGCCGUCUCAGCUCAGGGUAGACGAGUAUUGUGA